AUGUGGGUCCCACUUGAAGCAACGGUACUAGCUGGCUGACAGUCUGGGUCUACUCGUUUUUAAGCCUCUCCACUUCCUUCCGCCUCUCUGUUCUUCUCUCUCUCUCUCUCUCUCGAGUCAAGAUUAUUGUAAGAAGCAGAGGCGAUGGCUGAGGUGGCUGAGACGAAGGCGCAAGUGGUGGCGGAAAAAACAACGACGGAGRAGGAGGCGCCACCGGCGCCGGAGGUAGAGGAGCCGGUGAAGGCUGCUGCGGCGGUCGAAGAGGUUGUGGAGGUGGAGAAAGCGAAGCCCGCUGAGGAGGGAACGCUUGCUCUGUCUGUUUCGUUCAAGGAGGAGACAAACGUGGUUGCUGAUCUUCCUGAGAAUGAAAAGAAGGCUCUUGAGGAGUUCAAGCAACUCAUCCAGAAAGCCCUUCAAAAGCACGAGUUCACUUCUCCGCCACCGGCGCCGAUGAAGGAAGAGGAAAAGAAGGAAGAAGUUAAGGAGCAAGAGAAACCGGCGGAGGAGAAGGCUGCUUGUGCUGAGGAUGUGGCUCCGGCAGCACCGGUGGAGGAGAAGCGAACUGAAACUGCCGAACCCUCGAAGCCAGAAGCAGAACCCGAACCGGAACCGGCUAAGGAAGUGAAAGUGGAAGAGAAGAUUGAAACCGUGGUGGUCGCUGAGGUGGUCGAGACAGUUACCACUACCGUCGACGACGAUGGUGCUAAGACUGUUGAGGCCAUCGAGGAGACCAUCGUGGCUGUUUCCUCUUCUACUGCUGCUGUGGCGAAGGCUCCCGCUGCUCCGGCUGAACCAGAGAAGAAAGAAGAAGAAGUGGCAGCUGUGCCACCCCCACCUCCGGAGGAGGUCUCUAUCUGGGGGAUUCCCCUACUCAAGGACGAGCGGAGCGAUGUGAUCCUCUUGAAAUUCCUCCGAGCCAGGGAUUUCAAGGUUAAGGAUGCCUUCGCCAUGAUCAAAAACGCCGUCCGUUGGAGGGAGGACUUCGGCGUCGAAUCCCUUCUUGAGGAAGACCUAGGUAACGAUCUCGACAAGGUGGUCUUCAUGCACGGAGACGGCAAAGAUGGACACCCUGUCUGCUACAACGUCUAUCAAAAAACCUUCUCCGAUGAAGAGAAGCGCAAGAAGUUCCUACGAUGGAGGAUUCAGUUCCAUGAGAAGAGCAUCAGAAAGCUCGAUUUCAGCCCCAACGGUAUCAAUACCAUCGUACAGGUUACCGACCUCAAGAACUUGGUCGUACCCGGAAUUCUGGAACUCCGUCAAGCCCUUUACUUGCUCCAAGACAACUACCCAGAAUUCCUCGCCAAACAGAUAUUGAUCAAUGUUCCAUGGUGGUACCUAGCGAUCAAUCGGAUGAUUAGUCCUUUCAUGACCCAGAGGACCAGGAGCAAGUUUGUCUAUGCUGGGCCAUCGAAAUCCACUGAGACUCUCUUCAAAUACAUAGCUCCUGAGCUUGUACCAGUUCAAUUUGGAGGCUUGAGCAGAGAUGGUGAAGGUGAAUUCACCGAUUCUGAUGCUGCUAACGAGAUUACCAUAAAAGCUGCAACCAAGCAAACUGUGGAAUUCCCUGCAUCUGAGGCAUGCCACCUUGUCUGGGAGGUAAGAGUUGUGGGUUGGGAUGUCAGCUAUGGCGCUGAAUUUGUGCCAAGCGCUGAAGAUGGAUACACCGUGAUCGUUCAGAAAUCGAGGAAGAUCGCCUCAAGCGAAGAACCAGUGUUGUGCAAUAGCUUCAAAAUCGGAGAACCAGGCAAGAUCGUCCUCACCAUUGACAAUCAAAGCUCUAAGAAGAAGAAGCUCCUCUACAGGUCCAAGACCAAGCCCUCCUCGGAUUAAUUCGACUCCACAAAUCUGUAUGGACCAUUAUCAAGUGCUAAUCUGCAAUUAAUAGUUUAAACCCAACAUGCAAAAUAAAGGAAAACAAGAACAGCAUCAGCAGCAUUGCCAGAGAUUGAGGGUCUGGGUUGGGUCCUUUUUGUUUAGAAAGCAAAGUUUCUUUUUCUUUUUUUUCUUGUCCUAUUUAAUUUAAAUUUUUAAAUUUGAAUUUUAUUUUUUUUGGGGAUUUCUUUCUUGUUUUCUUUUUAUGAUAAUUGAGUUUGAUGUUGGUUUGUGAGAACUGGUAAGAGUGAAAGUGUGGGAAAGAAAUGUAUUCUAUUACUAAUGUUCCUGUAAAAUUUCAAUGUAAAUUUAAUUUAUGGUUUUAAAUUCUAAUGGAUGUCUAUUAUGUUUCUUGAUCA